CGACUGUGAACCUCGUGAUCGUCACCGUGUUCCGCCCUGAUAACAACAACAUUCAUGUUUAGGAAACUACUCAGAGAGCCCUGACAGCCCGUCGAAGACAUCCUGUCUGCCGAAAAACACACACAUAUCAUGACUUUUUGGCUAUGAGACAUCCAGAGCCAUGGCGGGUCGGUACCGGAUAGCCGCCCAGUCUUCGCCGCUCCUGGUCGGCUUGUUGCUGUUGCUGUUGUCCGCCCGGAGCGAUGGAAGACCGAUGGAGAAAUGCACCGACGACAAGUCCUGUCAGCCCCCCAAACCCCCGGUGGUCCUCAUACCGGGGGAUCUGGGGAACCAGCUGGAGGCCAAGUUGGACAAGCCCAGUGUGGUCCACUACAUCUGCUACAAGAAGACCGAGUCCUUCUUCACCCUGUGGCUCAACCUGGAGCAGCUGGUCCCAGUAGCCAUCGACUGCUGGAUAGACAACAUAAGGCUUAUCUACAACAGGACCACACACACCACCUCGUCCCCCCCCGGUGUUGACAUCCGUGUCCCGGGGUUCGGAGACACAUAUUCGCUGGAGUUUCUGGACCCCAGCAAACGCAGCGUGGGCAUGUAUUUCUUUACUAUCGUGCAGCAGCUGGUGGAGUGGGGUUACACCAGAGGAGACGAUGUCAGAGGAGCGCCGUACGACUGGAGGAAAGCCCCCAAUGAGAAUAAGGAGUACUUCCUGGCGCUGCAGCACAUGAUUGAGGAGAUGGCAGAGAAGGCGGGGGGGCCCGUGGUGCUGAUCGCUCACAGUAUGGGUAACAUGUACACGCUGUACUUCCUCAACCAGCAGCCACAGGCCUGGAAAGACAAGUACGUCAAAGCCUUCAUCUCUCUGGGACCGCCGUGGGCCGGAGUGGCCAAGACCCUCCGAGUCGUCACCUCCGGUGAUAAUAACCGCAUCCCCGUCAUCAGUCCGUUGAAAAUCCGCUCGCAGCAGCGCUCGGCCGUCUCCACCUCCUGGCUCCUCCCCUACGUCCACACCUGGCCCAAAGAUAAGGUCCUGGUCCAGACGCCCAACUUCAACUACACGGUGCUGGACUACAAGCGCUUCUACUCGGACAUCGGCUUCGAGGACGGCUGGUUGAUGCGUCAGGACACGGAGUCGCUGGUGUUCGACCUGACCCCCCCCGGCGUCACCGUCCACUGCCUGUACGGCACCGGCGUCCCCACCUCAGAGGCCUUCCAGUAUUCCAACAAGUUCCCCGACGUCGAGCCCACCGUGGUGCUGGGAGACGGCGACGGGACGGUGAACCUGCUGAGCGCCGUGCAGUGCAAGCGCUGGGCGGGCAAACAGAAACAGCCCGUGACGCUAACGGAGCUUCCCGGGAACGAACACGUGGCCAUGUUGGCCAACUUUACGACUGUGGCGUACAUCAAGAGCGUGCUGUUCUCACCGUGACCCGGACAGAUUCUGACCGAGACGACUUUACACUCAUACAGAGCCAUACGGUGACACAGAAGCACCUCAUCUGGUCUGAGACACAAAGGAUUGGGUUGAAUUUUAGAGCGAAAAUUACCAAAAUCUAAAGUUCAGAAUUCAUUUUAUAAUUGUGAUUCUAAAUGUUAACGUCAGGUUGUUUACUGUCGAGUGAGUUGAAAUACAGUUUUAUAUUAGAUUUCAAAGAACCCUGCGAUUUUUGUCUAAAUCCACAUGUGCUCUGAUGAAGGAUGUGUCAUGUGCAGUUUGUGCCACUUAUUAUUAUUAUUAUUAUUAUUAUUAUUAUUGAUAAUAAUCAAACGCAGAUCUUUUUUAUUGAUGUCAUGAGAGAUUUUGAAGCUCCUUUAACCGUAGAGUUACAUCAGGAAUAAAUGAUGAAGCACAUGUAAUAUUUGUAUUUGUAUCAGUGCCACAGGUCACAUGUUUUAGUACUUUUAUACACAGUUUGACCCAAAUGUAGAAACUAAAAC